AUGUCAUGUUUUUCUACAGGACAUGGAACACUGAUUGGGAAGGAAACUGGCAAAGUUCUGCAGUUUGAGACAAGGAGUAAAAGUUGCAGUGUCUGUGACUACCAUACAGAGGGUCCAAUACCAGUACAUCAGUGUACAAGAAAUUGGGAUGGAUCUAGCAAGGCCAUGGAGCCAGACAUGGCCAUGUCUAUGCUCCACAAAAUGAAAGACAGUGGCCAUCCAGUGCAGAUCAUUCACGGUGACAACGAUUCCACCACUUCUUCCUCUUUGAAAUUGGAGUUUCCUGAAAUCAGAAAAAAAGAUGACAAAAAUCAUAUAAAAAAGGGAAUUUCAAAAAAGCUGUACACAUUAGCCACAAAGUGGAAGGAGCUUAAGUCCCAGUCAUCUGUGAUUCCAUACCUAGUGAGGUGUUUUAUGUAUGCUCUUGCCAAGGCCAACACCAGUGAUGAUGUCCAUGAAGGACUUUCACAGAUUGUGCCUCACAUCUUUGGUGAACAUAAAUUGUGCAGUGACGACUGGUGUUCAUUCUCGAGAGAUUCUUCAAAUUUCAGGUUCAAACACCUACCAAAUGGACAGCCACUCAAGGAGGAAGGUCUCAGGCAUGCCCUUGAAGAAAUGGUAGAAAUGUAUAAAAAAAAGAGCUGACCAACUCGUUGAAAUGGGAUCAACCCAAGGAAAUGAAAAUUUCAAUUUUAUCGUUUCCAGCAAAGCUCCAAAAAAUCGAUGUUAUGGGCGUUCACGGUCUUUGAUGCACAGAGUAUCAGCAGCAGUUCUGCAAAAAAAUGAAGGGCAUACUUGGAUUAACAAGGUAUGUCAAGCUGCAACACUCUCUCCAGGGCACUAUUCCAGUAUUCUUGGCAAGCGUCUUGACAGAAACCGUCUCUGGCAAAACACACGACAAAGGC